AUGGAGACGACCCGCGCUUUGUUGGCUCUCUUGAGCGUCCUGGUUUUGCUGGCCUUCGUUGCUGCGACCACGGCUGCGAAGUCCUCCACUUCGUUCGACGCCUCGCUCCUGCCCGGCAGUGACUGCCCCUUCUGUGGCAACUGUAGCAACCACAACACCGCGUCGAGGGCUCUCAUCAUGAAGGUCAACUGGACGAGGCACGACUACGCCUGGGGCUUCCAGGGCGAGGUCCUCAAGAUGUACACCGGGUCCAACACCCAGCGGGCCGUGGGCGUGCCGCCUCAGAACACCAACAGCCCGCCCUACAUUGUGGCGAUGGUGUACGCAGGUGAGCAACCGCCCGUCAAGUUCCAGCCGGCCGGCCCCGACGCCCCCGAGUGCUUCUUCAUCCCCCUGGACCAGUGCCAGUACUUCAAGCUCGAAUCGCUGCUCACCCCUGCCGAGCAGAAGAUCCUGAGCCAGUACUCAUAG